CAUACACGAGUUAGAGACAAAACUUUGACUGACUUGGUGUAGUGAUCCGAAAUAUGAAACAUGGCUCAUCUUACCCCACUCUCCCCCUACUCGAAAUUCAACCUAAUUAACAGCCCAAUUUACUUAUUUUAGUGAGCAAUGUCGCCCCCUGCUGGCUCAUUAAACAUGUGGAGGCUAAUUGCUGUACACAUCCAAGUGCACGAAGUGUGGCAAAAAUCCCAAUUCUUCCUCUUUCUGUCAGUUCACCUCCACUGUCGUGGCUCUGACACACUCGUGCACGAUGUAAACAAGGCGAGGACAGUCUGAUGGGGAAAUCUUGGAGCUUCGAGGAUGAUCAGACUCUUCCAGAUGUUAGGGGCGGAUCUGCGCGUUCAUGUCUCCAGGGUCACACCUUGUCCAGCCAGCUGUGUUUGAGGAAGAUGACUCCCCGCUGACUUGAGUGAGACAACACAACCCUUCGAGUAAAAGACAAGCAGAGGAAAAGGGAAAAUAGGACUGCGAUGACACAUUCAACAGCCUUAACUGGAGAACUUGACAGCAUGCUUGAACAAAUGCUGGCUCCUCCACUGGGCAUGCUCCAUCUGCUGUGAGAGAAGAGCUGGGCACGGUGUGAAUAACAGGCAGUUUGGGCGUUUUUUUGGAGGAGGAUUGUCGCCCUCUCAUCAUCACCACCAUCAUCAUCUUAUUCCUUUUUUGUCAUUAAACCAAGCAGCAAAGAAAAACAGCUCAACCCCUCCUCUUCUACACAGACUGUUGUUUUCGACCUGGUGAUGUAUGAAUGACAGUGAAAGUCUCUGAGGGAAGGAGAUCAUCUCUCCGCUGAGACAAAGACCUGCUGCAGCCUACAGCGUUGAUGCACGCAGAGAAGGAGCGGGGCUGCGCGUCGGUGUGAAGGAGGUGAGUCUGUAGGCAGCAGCAGCAACAAACAGAGGAGGAAGGCAGGAGAAGGAAGCAGAGACGAGGAGUCUUCAACAGGCGCUGUCCUCUCAGCACCACCACCACCGCAGUCACCUUGUUGUCAAAGUCAUAAACCUGCUCAGGACUGAUCGGAUCAAUAAGGAAACUAUAAGGGAUCCCAGUGAGCUGGCGCUGAGGGAACGGUGCCAGCCUUUUUUAUCUCGACAUCUUGGAUGUAGCGAUGAUGUGACGUCCAUUCUUGAUGUGAUGCCAUUGGCUGCAAUCAUUUUGGAUUUUGAUUCCGUACCCUCCAGUGUGUCCGGCAGCUACACGCGCGGUGUCUCCUCCAAUUUACGGUGUUUGUAGAAAACACUGAAGGGUUACACGGGGAUGUAGGCAAGCUUUUUUUCAUAGUUGGUGAGACACGACAGGUCGCCUCAACGAGCUGCUUUCCUUAUAUAAUUGUUGAUCUCUGCUGUGCAUGGAGACACGGUGCGCCUAGACUCACCUUUGCGAUGAAGGGAACUUAUUGGAGAAAUGCCUAGGGGACGCAAUGGGCCUGAGCGACGACAAGGAUCGCAUUGUGAUCAACGUGGGAGGGAUCAGACAUCAGACAUACCGCAGCACCCUGCGCACCCUACCUGGCACUCGCUUGUCCUGGCUGGCCGAGCCUGAUGCCCCCAACCACUUUGACUAUGACGCCAAAAUCGAAGAGUUCUUCUUCGACCGCCACCCUGGCGUUUUUGCACACAUCCUCAAUUACUACAGGACAGGUAAGCUGCACUGCCCGGCUGAUGUCUGCGGGCCUCUCUAUGAGGAAGAGCUGGCCUUCUGGGGCAUCGAUGAGACAGACGUGGAGCCAUGCUGCUGGAUGACCUAUCGCCAGCACCGGGAGGCAGAGGAGGCCCUUGAUAGUUUCGGUGGGGGGGGAUUGUUAGAUCUGGUAAAUGAUGAUACGGAGCCAGAGCAGCAGGAGCAUGCUGAGGAUGAUGUGGAUGAGAUGACAAGGAGGUUGGCUCAGGCGGACACACAUGAUGCCAGGAGUGGGAGCCUGUGGAGCCGCUGGCAGAAACAUGUUUGGGCUCUGUUUGAAGACCCCUACUCCUCUAAAUAUGCAAGGGUGAGUUCCUUUUAAAGAUGUCUUUCUCUUCUCUUUGUUCUUCCUUUUGAACCCGAGCUCUCAAAACUUAAUUAGGAGUUAUAGUGGUUACAUUUUGAGAUAUGAGAAAUCAAUGAGAAACGUCUAAUAGUCUGUUGGGACUGUCAGAGCUUCAUGAAUGGGAGUCUAGUUGUGAAAGUGCCUGCCUUUGUCCCCAGAGAGUGAGCUGGAGAUUGAUAGAUCUGGGAGGUUCAGAUGGGCUUUUGAUGACCUUGAAAUUGCCCUCCCAAGGGUCUCCACACACAGAAAGGGGGAGGGGGAGGUGAGGGAUGGGGCUUGUCAGCCUCAGACCUCAUCUUUCAAAACAAUUCACACGCUCAUUCUCCAAACCGCCUCCAUCUCGAAAUAGACACAGACCCUUAAUUGUGACUGUAACAGGUCUUUGGACUGAUAUUUCCAGGACACAGGGAUCCCUAGGAAGUCUGGCUCUUGGGUCGGCUACAUAUUAGGAAACCAGAACUUUGGCACCACUAGAAAUUUGGCGGCAGGCCUCCAGACAAAAUGAGGUUGCUGAUAGAAGGGACAGUUUCGCUCUUUAUACUGGGCACUUUUCCAUCUGGGCACAAUGCCUCUGGAUGGUGAGGAUGAAAGAAUUUACACCUUCAGAUUUUUCUCUUUUUUUUUGACCAGUGCUCCCGACAAAGGUCUCUAUGCUGCCUGCUGGUAUAACAGCUGUAGCACACUCAUUGGUAUAAUUACUUAACAGGUCUGUUCAGCAAAGUGUAAACUGUAUUGACAUGUUGCCACUCUUACAGCAAGCGUAGGUGAAAGAUGUUUAUCCAGCCCACACACACACAAACUUUCAUUACAUUUCCCCCUCUAAAUGCAGAGAAACUUCCCAAAGCAGGAAAACUCCUCAGACAUGUCCUACAUUUCACAGUGAGCCAGACAAAGCAGAGAUUAAAGAUUGACAGUGCUCCACCAAGACAGUCAAGAAGAUUAAUUAGAACUGAGCCUCAGAGUUAAUCACAGCCUCUAUUCACAGUGGAUCCAUCAGUGGAAAACCCUUGUCACUGCGUGUGACUGCAGGACUGUGGUUUGCCAGCAACAGUGAGAAUAAGCCAAUAAGGAGCAAACGGUCACUGCCUGUCACCCCCCUCUUCCUCCACAUUCUUCCUAAGUGUCAAAAAGUCACAUAAAUUGGUGUAAGAGAUGGUCUGAUGAGAUGCAGGGUUUGUUUAAGAGAGAGAAGAGUGGGAUGUUUGCAGAGCCUGUGUGUCAGAAGGCAUCUGCGGCCUGGAAGCAUCCCAUCAGAAUGAGGAUUUAUCACCAUUGUGGUCACUCUGAUGGGGGUGUUUAUUCUUUUGUUUAUUGCAGAUUUUUGCUAGAAAAGCUUCAGUCCACAAGAGCUGCAACUGAGAAGCAUUUUGUACAUCAAAACGUUCGAACUUCUUUUCUCUAUGACCAUUAAAUAUAUAUUUGGACUAGAGAAAAAAACUCCUAACAUGAAUUUCACUAGAAUUACUACAAAUCAUGAAAACGUUUCAGUUAACAAAAACCAAGAAAACAUGCAGAUGUUUUUGUUGUAGAAAUCAAGUUAACCCCGGAGUGUGUCUGAUAAAAUUUCUCUCUGUUCUCUCAAACAAUUGACUGUUCAUUUGAGCUCUGCUGGCAUUCAAGAUAUAAACAUGUUUGUAGAGACAAAUCCUGAUUCACUCACUAAAGCCCACACGCAUAAAUGAGUUGAGUGCAGCAGGUGGUACUCAAACGAGCUAAUUUACUUCCAUUUAUGCAGGACUGUAUCUCAUUGAAAUAAGGAAAAGAAAAAAGGAAAGAAAAACACUCAUUCACUUAUAAGUUUUCAUUCAUGUAAUUAUCACAAAACAGCUAAAAAUAAAUACGUGUGGUCUUGGGGGACCUUAGCGAGGGUACUUGCCUCAAUAAUCCAGUCAUCUCUGUUGUUUUCAGUGUGUAAUUAUUUGAAGAUGAAGUCUUGGGUGUGAUAGAACUGGUGGUAUCAUAUUAAAGGAUGUACUUGUUACUUUGUACAGUACAUACUGUAGAGGGGGUGGACAAAACAACAAUAUUAUGCAACCUAAUACCUUAACACCUCGCAGACAAUACUAAUGCCUCAAGAAUUGACACAAAAAUCUCUCUUACACUCCACAAACAAAAGCUGGAGGCGAGCUCAACAAGAGAACAUUUUAAGAUUGUCUGUUUGAUUAGGUUCAGAAUUAAAUCAGUAUUGUCUACACUCUAUUUCUGUUCCCCAGCUUUUGACAUUUAACUAGGUCUUGGUCUGAAUGAGACAUCAGGAUCAGGAUAAACAGACAAAAAGGAUGAAGAAGCGGAAUCAUUGCGAUUACACUCCUUUGACAUUGUUUGUUUAUGCUGAACCGAAUGAUGAUUCUUGUCUUCAUUAAAGCUGGUGAAUGCUCUUUUAGCUCAGCACGAUUUGUCUGAAUGAACAAAGAGGACAGCCUCGCUGAAAGAACAAAAGUCAGUGUGUGCUGUAGUCUCUGCUAGCGAACCAUUUCCCUCUGGACUAUCAUACCAGCAUGGGUUGGAAGCAGACAUUCAUAAGCAGCAGCGAUUUCCGUGGCACAAUGCAAUGAAUUGCCAGUGAUGAAAUGAUUUGCUGAGAGCCUGUUUUCCAUCUUGGUUGCAUGCUUGCUUUAGUGGCACACUGAAUAGACAUAUUAAGAUUGUGUAUUUCCUUGUCUGUAUGGAAUACAGUAUAUGCCAGACCUCCUUAUGCCUAGACAUGCCCCCUCCCCUCUGAUGUUCAUCAAUACUUCUUAUAGCUACUUAACAAUUCUUAGCAUUAGUUUGAGAAGCACUUCAGAGCAUCGUUUACUCUCUUAAAGACAUCUUUGUGCACGAGCAAGCUAUUGAUCCGACUUUUGCGAUUCAUAGGAUGAUUAAGUAGCUAUCUUCUCCUCCUGCCUGCCUCUUUGUCUGCCAGCCCUACUGUCUACUCACUUCAGAUUCCUUUUGAAGAUAUAGCUGGUUACUCCCAUUCAUUAACUACAGUUCAGUGUAUGCAUGCCACUACAGUUUGAGCAGAGGAGGAGGACAUGAGCACUGGGCUUGAAAGCAAACCGCAGGAGAGCGUACUGUAUCUGUUACAUUCAUGUAGUAUACAUUGGAAAUACAAGAGCUCAGAUGUGAUGAAAUGUGAUCAUCUAAUCAAUACAUAAUGAAGGCCAACGUACACGUUUGCCAUUAAGGGAUAUAUAUGUUUCUCAUAAGCGUCUCGGUAAGCCUCUUAGCUCGAUAUAUUUCCCAAGGUGUGAUCAUCUGGAUCGCAUGACCUUGUGUAGAAAAAGCCUGAUGUACUGGUAUUGCUAAAGGGAACAGUCCAGGCUAAAUUUAGUCAAGGGGUUUACACUGAUGUCCUGUCUCCUGCUGCUGCUGCUGCUGAUGGCUCGUUGUAAUUCUGCAUGUAGCAUACCCUGACCUUGAGAUACAGCCAAGGGAUGAGAAGCAAGAUUGUCAGGCUUGCAUUGAUUGUUCCUUUUACAAUGACACUUCUGAAUCAAGACGUGUAGAGCGAGUGCAGAGAGAGAGAGAGAGCACAGGGGGGAGUGAGAGAGGGUGAGUCAAUGCCACUGUCACUUUCAAACCAGAAGCCACUGUCUCAGAUACAAGAUUGAAUUGCAUUGUGUCCUGCUAAGAACCGCCAUUGGAUUGUUGAGUGUAAUUACCCAGCAUGAAUUACUGUGCCUUUUCUCUUCUCUGUCCACUCUCCUCCUCGUCUUUUCCCUACCCUUUCUCCUUUGUUUCUUCCUGGCUGGACCCUCUAUGUUUUCUCUGCUCAGUGGGUGGCUCUGGCCUCACUCUUCUUCAUUCUGGUGUCUAUUACCACCUUCUGUCUGGAGACCCACGAGGCCUUCAACCCCAUCAUCAACCGCACUGAGCAUGAGUUGGUGAAUAACGUCACAAUUGAGCACACCUACCAGGAGACCGAGACGGCGCCCUACCUCACCUACAUCGAAGGAGUUUGUGUGGUUUGGUUCACUUUUGAGUUUCUAAUGCGAAUAACUUUCUGCCCAAAUAAAUUUGACUUCAUACGGAAUGCCCUAAACAUCAUCGACUUCGUGGCUAUCCUGCCCUUCUAUCUGGAGGUUGGCCUAAGCGGGCUCUCGUCUAAGGCAGCUAAGGACGUGUUGGGUUUCCUGAGAGUUGUCCGUUUCGUUCGAAUCCUGCGUAUCUUCAAGCUGACCCGUCACUUUGUGGGACUAAGGGUGCUGGGCCACACCCUGAGGGCCAGCACCAAUGAGUUCUUGCUCCUCAUCAUCUUCCUUGCCCUCGGUGUCCUCAUCUUUGCUACUAUGAUCUACUAUGCUGAACGGAUUGGAGCUAACCCCAACGACCCUCGAGCCAGCGAACACACACACUUCAAGAACAUCCCGAUCGGAUUCUGGUGGGCUGUAGUGACCAUGACGACUCUUGGCUAUGGAGACAUGUACCCGCAGACAACCUCCGGUAUGCUGGUUGGAGCCCUGUGCGCCCUGGCUGGUGUGCUCACCAUCGCCAUGCCCGUCCCUGUGAUUGUCAACAACUUUGGAAUGUAUUACUCGCUGGCAAUGGCAAAACAGAAACUACCAAAGAAAAAAAAUAGGCAUAUCCCUCGGGCACCCCAACCAGGUUCUCCAAACUUCUGUAAGUCCAGCAUCAGCUCCCAACACCAGAGCCCCAUCGCCCAUGACGACGUUUUCGAGAUAAAGUUUCAAGGUAGGAAACAAGCAUACUUUGAUAAAGUGUUUGAUUAAUCAUCAUAUCUAUGUACUGCUGUCCCACUGUUUCAUUAUUUGUCUGUUCCCACGCUUCAAUCAGCUGAUGAUUCAGGUAUGAGAUCAAAAAAACGAGUUUCACACCAAAAAUCACAACAUGCAUGAUGAAGUGCAUUUUUUGGAUAGAGACUUUUUUUUGGAUAGACACUUGGUAGUCUUGUCAUUGAUUUCCUAAUCAUCAUAAUACUCAUUUUUAUUUAUCCAUAAGGACAUGUAGAUGCCAGGGUUACUGAAUUUUCACUUAAGUCCUUCUGUUGGGAUUGACACCAAGACAUAUUGACCCUUGAUGCAGUUUGUGCUCAUAAACAAAUAGAACAACAGAGUGCAAAGCAAACAUAAGAGAGAAGCUGUACAGUAACAUUAUAGUAAAUAAGGUUUUUAUGUAAGAGUUAAUCCCUUAGGGCAUUCAAGUGGCACAACAUGAAAAGUGACAAUACAUAUACUGUACAUAUAAAAAAAAGGCUGGCAUGUGAAACCAGAUAUGUUUCCUUUCUUUUCCUGUCUUCGUUGUUUCCUUAUAAGAUUCCAAGCUUAACGGUGAGGCAGCUAACGCAGCUCUGGCCAAUGAGGAUUGCCCUCAUAUAGACCAGGCAAUAUCUCCGGAGGAAAUCUUCAGCCCCAGCGAGAGAGAGCGGCCCUGCUUCCUGGUCACCACUGCUGAACGCCCCAACCACACAGGGGGCAGAGUGAGGAGGGGUACGUACAGUAACAGCCAAUCACAGGCCCCUGUGAGACACUGACACCCUGUAGACCUUAGACAGGAUAUGUUUUCCCUCUCUGCUGAGUGUUACACCUCAGUUCCACUAGGGCACAUACACACACUAACGUGCAGACACACAACUGCAAACCUCUUUUUACAACCUUCACACACACACACACACACACACACACACACACACACACACACACACACACACACACACACACACACACACACACACACACACACACACACACACACCAACAGCAACUGCUUCUCCUCAAUCCUUCCUUUGGGAAAUGUAUAUAGUCCAAGUCACAAUAGCAUCUGUUCAGGCCAAGCACAAUCACCACAAAUGUCAAUACUUGUCCACAUCUACAUAAUAUAUUUUUUGAUACCAUGCAUGAUGUAAUAUCACUAUCUAUUUAUGAGUAAGAAAGCUAUUUUCGAGAUUUAUAAGAUCCAGAAUGUGUUGUCUUACAUGCCCAAAAAGUGUUUUAUGUGCUACGUGUGUACCAUGUAUGUAUAUGUGUUUUAAUGAUAAAUACCAUGCAGGAUCCUGACUUAUGAGUACAUUGCUCUUGACCAUUACGGUGCAUGAAGUGUCUUGCUGAUGGGUGCUAUCAGUAUGGUGAAGGAGCACAACACAAAUGGAGGAAGGCUGAGGUCAAAUAUUAAAUUCUAGUUUACUGAUUUGCACACUUUAAUACAAAGGUUCAAUCCUCUUUAUCUAUCUUUAAUAAGCUACAAAACAUUCCUCUAAGUCUCUAGCUGCAUGUGCGGCCGGCACAUGAACACUAUAAAAUUCUACCUGUAGCUAUGAAUACAUUCCCUGCCCGAGAGUGCCUACCUUUUCCAAGUCUUUUACAGUGUUAUACUCCAAACCAUUCCAGUACCACCCGGUGCAUGCUGUUGUACUCCUGAUGCACUAAAUGCAUGGAGAAUAAUAACCUGUCUGAAGUCUGUGUUGACCUGUUUCUCUGGAGACAAAAACAAGAAAGCAACAGGUGUAGUAUAACCAGUGAGGAACACCAAAAAACAGUCUGUCAUGGAUCCAGUGCUGCAGUGUACUCAGAACGUUCUCUGUUUUUCAACUGAAGGUUAUGAAAAGCCUUGGAGCCUUAACAGCAUGUCUGGCAUGAGCGGGGAUGCCUCUGGAGUGUCCUCAGUGUCCGCCCUGCCCUGCAGCCCACCCUGUCUUAUGCAGCACUCACAUUCUCCCAUCCCAUCCAUUAUGUAGCAUGGUUGAGUAGCAGACACAAUGCCAUUGGAAGGCCAGUCCACACACCUCUUUCUUACCUUUCCUGUCAGAUUUUUGCUUUUACACUUGCCUUCGCUCCCGCUUUUCUCAUUUUUUUAAUUCUUUAUUUUUCUUGAAUACUGUAUCUUAACUGUGCUAAUACUCAAGCUUCCCAAGUGUUCUCCUUGGGUGUGUCAUCAUAUCCUAGACAAGAAAACAUUGGCACAUGCCACUCUGCAUGGGUCACCUCAGUUGCAGACAAAGCACUGUUUAGCUUCUACCACAGGCUAACCCCUCUCUUUUUCUGUGUUUACAUCAUUGCCUGUUGCUCUGUUGCUUUUGAUCUCACAUACUCUUCUGCUAAUAACUUUCCUCAUCUGCUUUUUACAAUUUUGUGAAAGAAAUUUUCAUAAGAUGUAAACCUUGCAAACAAUAUGCUGGACAUUACCGAUACAUGGCUUUGAAACACAUCCAAAAGGUAUCACUGCCAGCUGUUAAGAGAACUCCUAUUAAGUGCUUUGUAUGUUGCAAAGUAGAGACGUUACCAUUCUGAAAGUGGGAUUAGACAAGACUUAAUGUUCUGAGUGGCCAUAAAAACAAGAUUAUGAUGUUCUUGAUGUCCAAUGCAAUAGGGAGAUGGUGGCAAUUCUUAUGAUACUAAUGAUGGAUACACCAUGUCAAAAGAACUAAAACUGUUUGCUCAUUUGCAUGAAGUGCAUGAGAAAUUAUGUUCAACAAGACGCAAAGUCUUACGCAGAAACUGUAAGAAAAAGAAAAAAAAAAAACAUUUAUUCUCUUUUAGAUUCUUAAGUAUUUCAUUCUUUAUGCAGUUUGAGACAGCUUUACAAGAGACUCAGUCCUAGCAGAGAUUUUUAUGUAGCUGCCAUUCUUUGCCUUUCCCCAAAAUUCAUACAUUUAUUUUAUUGUACUUAUUUGACUGGGGCCUCCAACUAAAAUAGCGUGAUUCAACUUGAAGUACUUGUCAUAAAGCCAACUAAUGCUGUUAUGAGCAUAAAUAGUUUUAUAUCAGUAUAUUUACAAGUAGUAAUGAGUUUUUAAAACAGUAUCGGUAGUGUGCAGCGAUGCAUUAUUGCUGUGAUGCCUAGACAAAGGCCAUAAUUAUAAAACAAUGGUGCCUUUUUACAUGGCGAGGCAAAGUUCAAGUGAGAAAUAAAUUGACAUAAGAGCUCCUAGCGUAGCAUCUACACACUUUAUACCAUGCUCAUAACAGUGUGAUGAAAGCUUUAUUUUAUAAGGUGCACUUUAUAACUCUGGCACCACACUUGUAACCUUAAUCACAGCAAAAACGCCCUCUUUGUAAUCACUCUUACACCAACCAAUACAUAUAUUUAACCUCAAGAAUGAUAUGUAUUAAUGCAAAACCAGCUUAAAAAUGACUUUUAAGUCCCCAUUUUUUUCAAAACAAUUAUGACUAAGCACAAACUUUAUACUAGGGGACCAGGCAACUCUACAGAGCCACAAAAAUUAAUCUCCUAUCAGCCAGGGACGUCACGAUGACUCCUGGUGUUUGUAUGCCUUUUACUUUAAAACAUCAAUACUGUUAUUGUCACAUGUAUUAAAACUGUCCCAGUAAUUAUGCACAGUUCUUUCAGGGCACUUUAAAGAAAAAAUACAUUGUUUUGACCAAUUAGAAAAUGAUAACUUCAAGAAGAAGAAGUAGAAGUAUAGCAAGUCAUUCAAGUUUUGUUUCUAUUCUGAAUGAGCAGAGUUUAACGUUUCCAGUCAUGUCUCUUGUGGUUAUUAACGUUAUAUAUUUGAAAAAAAAAAUUGUGAAAAUUUGAUGUGAACAGAUGCAGGUGAAUUAUAUGCUCAUGCAAUUCAAGUGAAAAAAAAAGUAUCAUGCGACACAGUAUGGGAUGUGGGUCUACUUGGGGAAAGGUAAAUGCAUGUAUUUUACAUUUAUGCAACAGAAAAGUAUUCAAAUAAAAUAUGUAAAUAUAAGUCCUUGCAUGAAAUAAAUUUUGUACACAAUGAGCGUUUAGACUCCGUUUUUAUUGAACUACACUUGCAUACAUACAACUUCCUCUUCCAAAGGCUGUUUGACCCUCUUUUCUACAUGUGCCUGGGGUCAAAGAAAGCCUAACAAACAAGGUGACUGUGAAAGCAUGACGCAGAGUCGCAUGACAAUGACCAACUACUGUAUAUCAAUCUGUACAACGCAGCAUGAUUGGGCAUGUGUAUUAACCGACUCAGAGUCCAACCUCUGCACACAGACAGUACAUUGUUGUCUGAUGCCUUGGCUAAGCAUGGGAUACACAUGGUAAACCCGUGGUUUACCAUGAGGAACUAACGGAGCACAUUUUCUUUACUCUUCAAGCUAGUGUCAUUUCCCACCUCACCCUGCACCUCAGAGGUAUCCAUCAUCGCCAUCAUUUCCGUCAUUAUACAUAAUUUGUGUAAUAAUUUAUUUUUGUUAUUGUUUUUUUAUAUGUUUAUAGAGACCCAGCGACAGCACCGGAGCAGACAACCAACAGAGUCAGUUUGUGUUAUGAACCAUGGUGUACCUACCACUAUGUGUAUGACCCAUAAUGGCCCAUCACCCACCUGAUAGUGCUGUAGCAUUGUUGUGUGUAUUAAUUAGUAUUUUUCAAUGGGUGUGACAGUGACAACCUGUGCAUCACAAACUCAGCAUAGAUGUAGCACUGAGGAAGUUUUGUUGUCAAGCCUUAUGUAGCUCAGUUUCUGUGACUGGUUACUGUGUUGUAAUUUGUGUGCCUAUUUUUGGUGUGUGCCAGUGCUGUAAAUACGCUUUUUUGUGUGCUGAAGUUGUGUGUACCAAUGUUUUUUGAGUGAUCAUCAAAUAUUUGUGUGCUGCUUCUGUUUUGAAAAAAAAAAAAGAAAUGUUGCUCCGAUCUUGAUCACCGACCCUACGCCCCACUCCUCAAGCAAAAACCUAACCACUCAUCAUGUCAGCCAAACUAAACAGAUGAAAACAAAUUGUUAACUUUUGCACUGUCAUGGUCACAUCUUUGUAGACUUUUGCACUGUUUUGCACCAGUGAACUUAUGACAUUCCUUUGAUAUGUUUUCAGGCAUCAAAGAGAUAACGGGAAAAAAAGAUCAAGCUAAAAUAAAAAGAAUUAAGACACACCACUUUUACUUUUUACUAAUGAGGCAUUAAAAUGGUGAGAUAUUUGGAGUUGAUCAUACCCACAAAGCAGCCAUCUUCCUCUGAUGUCAUGCUCCGGAUGGGAGGUUUUAACACUGUCUAACCGUUGUACUACUAAAGUCUGUGUUUCAAGUUCUACAAACUAAAGUAAAUCUGACAACUUUUUUGACUCUCUGAUGAGUCUGAUGCCCCCGUGAGAAGAAAUCUUGUAACAUAAGGAAAACAGCAUAUUUUAUAACAUAGAAGCUCCCAUCUACAAACAGCUUUCAACCACUUCCUUCAAAGCAUAAUCACUGUAAGAGUGCCUGUAACCCUAACGCUAAUGGUAGAAUUAGCUUUUUGACCUUGCCACUGAGUAAUUUCCAUAGACUGUAUAUAAAAUGGACAGAGUCUGCCUCCUCGCUGGGUGAAGCCACUCCGAGAACAGCACCCUCUGUUGAUGGGCUGUAGUAUAGGUCAUAAAUCUCGCCUCCGCCAGCAAAGCUUAUGGGGCUGUGGGCAAACUUUAGAAACUUAUUACACAGAACAUAAACUUUUCUCCCCCCUGCUUGUGAUGUUGACAUGUAGUUACAGUAAGACUGGUUUGUACUCAAGUCCUCUUUUUUUCUGUGAAGCUCCGUUUUUAAAAGUUAUUAGGGGUUCAUCUUUUCUUUGAUUGACAGCUGGUACAGCCUAUUGGCGUUCAGGGAUUGCGUAGCUCUCCCGGGGGAUACGCUGUUUGAGCCUAGCGUCACCACAGUGACUCUCUGCGACUCUCCCACUGAAUGCGCCCAACGCUACUGCGCAGCACUGGUUUCAGGAAAUGAAGAAAAAUCCCGGAAAUACCGAGAGAUUUUUGACUUCGGAACCAAGUUGUCCGUAGUAUAUACAGUCUAUGGUAAUUUCACAUUAUAACGGCAUAGGUUUCACCCUAGCUUCAACAUAGUCAAAUGCUAAAAUUUACUGUUUCUAAUCACCAUAGAAUUUUAAAUUUGAAAAAUGUCAGGAUUUUCUUUGAGAUUUUUCUUUUUAUCUUUUUAAGUGAUUGAUGAAUCAUGAACAUGAUAAAAUUAUGCCAAACUUUCUAUCUUUAUACCACUUUGUACACUCAACCUGGAAAAUAACUUUAUCACACCAGCUUUUAAACUUUCCAUCCUGAGCAUGACAUAAGAAGAACGUGUCUGCCUUGUGAAAUUGAUAAAUCCAAGACUAAAUGAUUAAGAAAAUCUAAAAUGCUAAGGUUGUUUAUAAAAGAAUAAUGCUUAUUGGAUACUGAUCGAACGUUUACAUAUCUUCACAUGUGGCUAAAGUUUGAUUUACGUUUACAGCUCAUAUAUAAAAUACAUAAACUCAUAUUAAUUUUACAUUUUUAUCGACAAUCAUGUAGAAUUUGAUUGUUAUUCUUUUUCUGCACGUAUGAAAAUAACUCCAUUAGUAUGUAAUACUUAACAACGCCAAAUCAUUAUACUCAUUACACUGGACAAGUGCCUCUGUUAUGCAAAUCCUUCUUAUAAUUCAUCAUAUUAGUAUAGCUCAGCAGACAUGAUGAAUGAAUAUAUAUUUAUUUCUAAUGAGCCAUCAAUCACCAGCCGUCGAAACACGUAUCAACUAAGAACACACACACACACGCACAAAAGAACCCCCAUAUGCAUCGGUUUCUACAGUUAAGCGAUCACAUGUAAGACGGAAACAAAAAACAAAAAGAAGGAGAGCCAUUGAGUCAACAGAACAACUUCAUUGUUUGCGUAGAAAAGUUAGUGUAAAGGGACCAACUUUUUACCAAACAGCUGCAAACACACUGCCAACAGCCUACUGUGCAGUCAGGAACACCAGAUCAGCAUCUGCCGACAGGGCUGAGAACAAAUGAGGGUGUGUUGCUCAUUGUCCACCACACACACACAAACAAACAAACAAACACAAUCGCACAUAAACACAAAAAACAGCUGUUUUCAUGGAACAAAUCAAUUACACAACAAAGAGGCAACUAAUGUGUGCCGUUUAGUGAGACUUCAGAGUGUGUGUUUUGAACACUGUAUUUUGUGGUUAGUUAUCUCAAUAAGGUGUUCAGUGAUUGUUUUGAUUGGUUUGUUGUUUAGGGAUUUUUGUGUCUUUUUUGACAAAUACAGUUCAGGCUUGUACAAUAAAUAGUGAUAAAUAAAAAACACAGAAAUUAUCAUUUUUUAAUGAGUGUUGAUUUUUUUUUUAAAUCCAGGUAAAAGCAAUUUAAUCUAAUAUUUAAGCAAAUAACUUAGUUUACAGAUUUUAUUUUUUAUUGUUGUUGUUGUUGAGCUGCAUUAAAAAAAAAGUUUAAAAUUAACUGGUAAAUAAAUUGCAAAAAUAUAACACAUGAACCACUCUUGGUCCUGUCAUUACCCUCGACCACAGCAAAGGCACCAGACCUGCAGUUGGUCCCGGUUUGCUGCACUGCAGGUGUGCACAGCUUAUAAAUAUGCAAGUUGGGUCAAACACAGCGGACAAACUUCCCUCAAGAGGGAUUAACGAAGAAUACAGUGUGAAAGUGGUGCAGACGAGACUAACAGAACAUCAAAGAAUAUGACACAGACUGACAAGGGUACAAAAAUGUGACGGACAGCGUCCUAAACAAAAAAUGCUGUGUUAGCGGUAAAUCAUGAGAUGGCCGAGAGAAUUUCAGAAUGAAGUGCAGAGAUUGACUGCCUCCUGACACUCAAGAUCACAGCAAUAAAACAGCUGACAUGAGGAAGAUGGAGCUAUAGCAGCAGUCCAGCCCAUUCCUCACAUGGUCCAUAACGGCCUCACUCAGGGGGACAAACAUGGCAGGUGGACCAGAAGCAGUAAGCAUUGGCCAUGUCCUGCAAAGCCAUCGGCUCCCAUCAUGUCCAUCAAAGUGAUGGGUUAGUGAUGGUCAGAGAAAUGAUGGCCUCUGUCCUCAUGUGACAUAACUCAGCCUGUGUCCAAGCACACGGCUACAUUUAUGAUUAUAGUAAAGUAACUGAAAACCGGCCUUUUCAUGAAUAAGACACAAGAUCAGGUAGAAUUUUAUAGAUUCACAAAUUCUGUCUGUUUAUCUCGUCUCAAAGUGCAACACGCUGAACAGAGUAUCAUUUGUCAGUGUUACUGGAGUGGAAUCUUUGCAGAGUUCUGACUUGAGUCAGUCAUCUCAGUGCACACUGCCAUAGAGUGUCCAGCCCCACAGCCAAUGAGAAGAGGUUUGAGUCCAGAAACAAGCUGCGGCUGAAGGACGUUGGUCUCUGAACCGUCUCCACACAUCCCGUGUUCGUUCCAGCCCCAGGAGACGAGACUCCCCCCUGAAAAGGAGAGGGGUUGGGGGUCAGUGGAACUAACAGCGGAGUGGCUGGGCUGCAGCACCGUACCAUGUAGACUAAAAUUAGCAGCCUGGAGGAAAAAAAAAACUCAGAGCCCAAAACACAAAAGGCAUGCAAAUAUACACACACAGACACUCACAUACACACACGUACAUGCAUGCAUCCAUGCACAGCCUCUCUUUUCCCCACACUGACACUCAGCCAGUAAUAAAGACUCCCUGCUCUUCACAGCUGGUGAGGUGUUGGUGGGUGUGGUCAGGUCUGCAUCACCGAGAAGACACGUGCCAUGGCAACACAGUUACCUAAUAGGCUCCAUUGCCAUGGCAACAGAAGAGAGCUUGCCUUCUCAAGGGUAACAUAUCUUCAAGCUUUCCCCAUCCUGCAGUUGUGUGUAUGUGUGCGUCUUUCAUGCUACUGUUUUCAUUUAUUUCACAUCUUGCAACUUCUUUUGUCUUUGUGCGGUUCUGGUUUGUCUCAGUGGCAUCAAAAGAUACUGAUUUGCCAAGUGACACAUAUGCUUUCGCCCGUAAAUGACCAAGAUAUCAUGCCAGCAGCUUAUGUCAGUGUGAAAUUUUGCCAGAUAGGAGCUUAUGCACUGAACAAAAACAUGUAGCCAGGGUUUUUAAAAUAAUGCAUGUUCUUCUUAUGCCAUCUUAGAUUUAGGUUAUUCAGUAAACAUCCUGAUUACAUCAUUGGAUGUGUUGAAUUGUUUUGUUCUUUGGGAGAAAAAAAAACCUUAUUUUGGUGCUGUGCUUAAUUCAUGGACUCACUGACUGGAGUACAGCACAUCAGUGUUUCCAUGGCAACAAAGUGCCUGCACAAUAUUCUGCACUAAAAAGGGCUUAAAAUCAAGACACUCAAACCAAAAUCCCUUUCUUUGUAAACAAAUCCUGACCUUGAAUUUUACAUUUAAAUGCUUCAAAUCUCACACUAGAUUAACAGCAGCACAGUGAUGUAAACCACUGCAGGCAUCUAUGUUAGCAUAACUAUGACACCAUACUAUGACCAAUAACAGCAUCUUAUCUAAGGUCUUUGUCCUUAUACAUCCCUGUCAAGUUCAGAAUGUUCACAUAACAAAAAAUCUUUCCUCAGAUUGGAUGAGCUGUGCCCACAGCGUCUUUGGCCCCACCUUGACCACCGAUGAUGAAUUUCAUACUUGAGGAGAACUCCUCAGGUGCAAAUGGGCAAAAGCUGAGCAGGCAACAGAUAUCAUGAGCAGCAGCAUGCAAUGCUCUCCGUUCCUUUCUGCCUGACCUACUUCAGCACCAGAAAUAGCUGCACUCAGGUCUCUGCUUCCAAUCCUGUUUUGCUAUUUCAUUGCUCCUGCCACUGCGCUUGAGACAGGAGGAGGAAAAAGAGGAGAGCGUGGCACAGGAGGUGCACCAGGUUCAACUGAGCUCUCCCUUUAAUGGUUCUGCUUUCUUAUCACAAAACUGAACUUCUGUCGACACAGAGAAGUGCUUUGCAAGAACUGUCAUUAUGACGGACAGCCUGUGUUAACAGUUUCCAAAUCAUGAUGGUGUAUCCAGUUAACUGUAAAUUAGUCAGAUCAUUAAAAGUGGAAGGCCAUUUGCUCAUCGAAAUACCAGCAAUGUCAAGCGACUCCUCUUUGGUGGAGCCGCUUUGGGUGUUUCUGUGCUUAUUUAUAUUCAUGCAGAUGUGAAAAAAAAACUGGGCCAGUGUUCAAAAUUUAAUGCAAAAGAUUUUACUUCCAAAAAGGGAGCCACUUCGGAGAAGAAGAAGACUUUUGGCAAGCCUGCAAGGAAACUGAGCAAGCUUGUUUUCCAUCUGAUGACUGAAUAACAAACAACCCUGCAUUUCUAUUUGUUUAGGAUUCUUGAAGGGAUGUGACUGCAGUGUCAAUAUUCUGUUCUUAUGAGCAAAAAGAAAGGCAGCCCUCCAGACAAUCUGCAACUAGAAAAACAUGCCUGUAAAUGUGUGUGUGCUUAAUACAGCUUUUAACAGGCUUGUUCAAGCAAAUGGCUCUGUCAGUGAUACCCAUCUGCCCGUACUGUAAUUACUUCCUGAUGCAAAAGGCCACAGAGCAAAGAGCUGACCUCUGAAAUCCUCUACAGCAUUACCAGAAGGAUUAAUAUUUCACACUGAUGUUUAACUGUAAUGAAUGAGACUGUUCUAUGCUAACUCUUUAGUACCGGGAGGAGGAUAACUUGAAACAGUUUAGCGGUGCCUAUGUGCAAUCCCUGUUCUUUUAUGCAGUGAGUACUGCGGUCAUGUCAGGCCAAAGUGGAGUCUUUUGUUCCAGCUGUUUGCACGUACUUAAAUCUUUUGUAGUUCAAACUUUUUCUGCUUAAUUUCCCAGAACCCUCUUUCUCUCGUCGUACAUUUCUAGUGCAUUUGUGUUUAAUCUUGUUCUAAAUAAAUGCUUAUCUAUUUUUCUGCAUCAAUACGUGUUCUGAUAUCAGCAAAUUGUUAACAGUUUUUCAGCAUGGGAAGAAAAGCGUUCCGAAAAUGUGAGGAAAGUUUUGAGAGACAACACAUACCUACAAUGGCGAGGUUAUGUUCUGAUCCACAAGCAAUCUGUGGAGGAAAAGGUUUUAAAAGUGUUAAAAAUGCAUGUUUAGAACAGACAGCCAAUGUUAGGAUUGUAAUAUCCAAGAAUUGUCAUGCCAACAUGGAUACUGAAAUAUUUUGUGACCAAACCUGCUCUGAAAGUUAAAUAAAGUGCCAUGUGUCAA